CGCCAGGAGGCAGGUCGUGUGCGUGACGUCACGCGGUGCUCAGCGCGGGUAGGACUGCACGCCGCCGUAGCCGCUCAGUCAGUUCCCGCGGCGACUGCGGCGCGUAGCGUGGAGGGUCCGUGCGCGUGACGUCACGGGGUAUCGCGUUCGGCGAGCGUUUCGCGAUAAGGGACUCGCACACACACAUAUAGGCGGGCCAGUUAGGGCGCCGGCCGCCAGGGGGCAGCAGAGGAGAGCGCUGUUCGCGAGCCGGGCAGUAGUGCAUGGCGGCGGCUGCCGGCGCUAGGGCGGCCGCUGCGUGUCGCAGUAGCUCGGCGAGCAGCAGCAGCGCGCGCGCAGCCAUGCCGCAGUGCGCAGUGGCCACGUGCCGCAACUCGCACCGGAAGACGCGCGGCCGGCGCGUGCGCUACCACCGGUUCCCCGCGGAGGCGGAGGCGCGCGGCCGCUGGGUGGCGGCGUGCGGCCGCGGCCGCGACGGCACCUUCAACGCCAGCACGGCGCGCGUCUGCUCGCUGCACUUCUCCGCGCGCAGCUACGAGCGCGACGUGCAGCACGAGCUGCUGGGCCUGCCGCCGCGCUCCCGCCUGCGCCGCGGCGCCGUCCCCGAUCGCGCA